AUGAAAAACCAAAUCUCAUCUCAUAUCAGGAAUUUUUCCACUCGUACUGAUAUUCUAUUACAACGAAACCGUAAAAAUAUAGAAUGGAGGGAUCCUAGAACGUCUUUUGAUAAAUUUAUGCCUCAGACGUCAAGAGUAAAAGCUUGGGAAAAAAAAGGUCAAGAUAAAGAAACAUAUUUCAAAAAAAAUUUUGCCCAUAUUCAUGCAAAUACAAAAGAAUCAGAUCCUUAUAAUAAGAAACUACAUCAUCGAGAGAAAUUACAAUCUAUUCGUGAUGAACUUUCAGAACAACAUUUGACUCAUUUAUCAAAAUUUAAAGGUUCCAGAAAUGUCAUGCCUUCUCUAAAACCAAACCCACUUUCUGAUUAUGUUUAUGGUACUAAUAGUGUUAUUGCGGCAUUAAAUAGUAAAAAAAGAGCGUAUCAUAUGAAAUUGUUAUAUUACGGUACGCUGUCUCCAGUUAUUGCAAGAUUGGCUACUCAAAUAUAUAUUCCCAUGGAGAAGGCUACAAAACAUCAAUUAAACUUAUUAACAAAUAAUGGGAUUCAUAAUAAUGUAGUAUUAGAAACAAAACCUAUUGAAACAAUAGAAGUUUCACAUUUGAAAAGUUGUGAUGAUGAAAGUGGGGUAAUGCGUUUCGAUGAGACAAUUGCUAUAAAUUUAUUUGAAGAGAAUCAAAUUCGUUAUGACAAUAAAACUAAAACCUAUCCCUUGGGUAUUUUCCUAGAUCAAAUAAUGGAUCCACAUAACAUGGGGGCUAUCAUCAGAAGUGCAUAUUUCUUGGGAGUGGAUUUCAUUUUAAUUUCCCGUAGAAACUCUUCUCCACUAUCGCCUGUAGUUUCAAAAUCAAGUAGUGGUGCACUCGAAUUAAUACCAAUCCUAACUGUUGAUAGACCUUUAGAUUUCGUUAAUAGAACCAAACAAGCAAAUGAUUGGACGUUUAUUACUACAGAUUCAAAUCCAAAUGCCAGAAAGGAAUUCAGUCCCAAAGCGUUAAAAUUAGCUGACUUAAAGGGUCAAUGUAAUGAGGCUCCUACAAUUCUAAUAGUUGGGAAUGAAGGUAAAGGAGUGAGAACCAACAUGAAAUUUAAUAGUGAUUUCAUCGUAGAGAUCCCAUUUAAAGAAAGGCCUCGUUCAAAAAAUGAAAUAAGAGGAGGUGGCGGUAUGGUUGUAGAUUCCUUAAAUGUCAGUGUAGCGACUGCUCUACUAAUUGAUAAUAUAUUAAGAAAAUAA